AUGGUAUGGGCUUGACCAUGGAGUGGAGUCGGUACUUCGUGCGCAUACUUAAAUGGACUGAGCUGGAGAACAUCUAGGACCAUCGACCAAGGCGACUCUUCGUUUCCUGUGCGCUUCAGCAGCUUCUUGGAUUUCAUCAUGCUCUCUCACGCCCUCGUGUCGUUGCUGCUGGCAGCCGCCGCAGCCGCCGCUCCAGCCCAGAUCGAUCCCGCCGCAAUCGAGGGUCUUACCCCUGGAGAUCUCCUCUUGACCGAAGGUGAACUCGCAGGGCAAAUCUUGAAUGCAACUGCCUGGAAAGAUCUCUUGGCCGCAGAGGGCAUUCUGCUCGAGACUCCAGAGGUCGAUCACGAUUAUCUGAACUUCACUGCACCAGAGGCAGUGGAGACUUCGGCAGAGCCUAGCCUGAAGAAACGUCAGUGCAGCAAAACCACCAGCAUUAUCACAGACAAAACCGAGAGAUUUGUCGACUGGGAUGUUCAGAUGUCUCCCAUAGUGUGCGGCAGCGGUGGACCAAUGGAUGUUACUGUCACAAGUGGUUUCUCAGUGGCCAAUGGAGUUACCGUUCAGGGUAGCGGCAGCCCUACUUUCAUUGCGGGCAGACUGAGUGCCACCUUUGGCGUCUCUUUCACCAGGACUUGGACCACUCAAUACUCCGUUGCAACGAAGGUGACCAUCAAUGAUGGAGAGUGCGGCGUGAUUGUCACGAACCCCUUGACUACUCGUCGCUAUGGCCGCACAAUGGAAGGCUGUCCAGGAAGCUUCCGUCAGAUUGGCACAUGGAUGGCUGAUGAUCACGGAUCGGGAAGCUACGCAGGUGUGGACUGGAUCUCUGGUGCCAUUACCACUUGUCGCAAGAAGCAGCGUUGGGCGCCGAUGACUCGCUGCCACGGCGAGGGUGAGUUCAAAUAGGUGCAAAUUUGGCGAUACUCGCAGGAGAGGUGCAAGAGUGGUGCGCGGAGUCAGCCGAGGGGCAAGACGGGCUCUUGAGAUUGCUUACGUACGCGUCCAAUUCGUCGGCAAGAUUCCAUACUUGGUUGUUCGAUAUGUAGAGAGUGACCAGUCGUUCUUGUCUCAAUGUCAUGUUUAGAUGGUCGUCUUCAUGGAACAGCCUAGCUUCGGUCAGGCUGACAGCAAAAGUGUGGUUCAUUCCUGGGUGAUGUGCUGUCCUUUCUCUCUCGUUGAGUCCUGCAUCAUUUAGCAGAAGGUCAUCUGAGGUCCUGCACUCUAAUGUUGAAUUCGAUCCUCCAACGCCCAC